CAGGAGGCGGCUAUCUUGAAAGAUUCGUUCAGAAGAAAUUUUAAUUUAAAAUAAUAUAUUAAUAAGUUAUUUUUAUAUCUAAACACAAAAUUGUUGAAAAAUGGCAGGCUGGGAAGCAUGGCUUAAUCAACUUCUGACACGUUCAGUCCAAGGACAGCCGGUUAAGUCGGCGCAUCAUGCCGGAAUUUUUGGGUUUGACGGAAGUUGCUGGUGUGGCACUGACGGGAUGAUGAAAAGUCUACCGAAGUCAUUUUUUGAGAAGGUUGAGGUUGGUCUGGUCGAAGGUGUGGGUGGGUGUUCAUCUCUGUUGAUCGGCAACACGAAGUAUAUGGUACUGCGAGCCGACAUUUCAGGGAAGUCACUCAUUGCGAAGAAAGGGUCUGCUGGUUUUACUAUUGCCAAAGGAAAACAGAGCUAUGUUAUAGGUGUAUAUGACAGUGAUGAAAUCCUUCCAUCCAAUAACAACACCCAGAUUAUAGAAACUAGAGACAAGUUAGCAGACAGUGGAUACUAGUUACGUUCACGUGUUUUACAAGACAACUAUUAUGCAAUACACACCAGACCAACGCUGACCAUUCCUCUGUGCCAUGUGUUAUUUCUGUUACAUUGUGCCAUCGCCAACGUGUCAUAGUCUAUUUCACUCGAGAACAAUCUCCAAGUCAAUUUGGCGUUGCUAUGAUGUUUGAAUUUUUUAUUUUUGUGUUUUUGUGUUAAGGGACUUAUUGCAAAUGUUGUAAUCUUUCAUGCACAUCCACUUAAAACCAAUCGUGUCAUUCAAAGUUGAAAUUUUUUAGCUGAAUUGUUAGUCUCAUCUGUCAAGGUUCCUUAAUCACCCACAUGUACCAAGUUUUUCUUUUCUUUUCUGUUUAUUGAUUUUUUUGGUAAUUAUUAUUGAUUUUUUUUUCUUGUUUUUGUCUAUGAAAAUGUUUGCAUCGUUCCUCAAAUAAAUACUCAAACACUCCUCAUGCUCCACAAACCAAAAGAAAUGUGAAAAUUUUAAUGUGUAUAUUUGUUGAUGAUAGCGUUAAUUGUGUAAAUAAACUGUUAAAAUAUGUAUACAGUAGAGGGUGUCAAGUGUACUCACAAUAGAAGCUGCCUGUUCUGACAUUAGUUUAUAUAGAGGAUUCGUCACAAAGUAUUUUUUAAUAUGGAAACUAUUAAGGCCUCCAUGAGUCCAAAAUAUUCGACUCGAGUACUUGAGGGUCAAACUCGACCUGGACCAGAGUAACCUACUUUUACACUAUUUAAUAAUGAGAUAAGGAAUAAAGUAAAAUAGCAUUAUGUACCCGACUUUUACACUAGAUAAUAAUGAGAUUACGGAAUAAAGUAAAAUGGCAUUAUGCAUCCUAAUUCCAGCGUUGAACAUGGAUGCCAAAUCAUGCAUAUCAUAUUGCAUUCAGAAACCAGUGUAUAUGUUCAGUGUUGUGACCAAUUAAAAGAGAAACUAGCGUUGAUCAUAUAAUUAUUGUGUAACUUAUAUUGUUGAUUAUCUACUGCUGAAAUUAUUGUCCUACAUUGUCCACUGUAUUGUAGUUGAUCAUUGUAUUCCACCUUGUACGGUACUCGAGUCCUGUGAAUGGACUCUAGUCUGGCUAGACUCGACCUAUGCCUGAGUACUCGUGGAAACCCUAAAAACUAUCAACCGAGUCUAUGUUAUUCAGUAUUUGUCGAAGCUCUGCUCGGACAAAUACUGAUUAACUAGACGAGGUUAAUAUAUUACAUAUUAAAAAAACACGAGUAGCGAAUUCUAUUUAUACUGUAACACUUCUAAAAUAUUUUAAUUAAGUUUUUAGUAAACCACAGUACUAAAGUCCCUGCCAUCGGUUAUGACAUCAUUACAAUUAUCACAAAUUAGUUUGAUGUCAUGCAUUGUAACUAAAUCUUUAAAAACAUUACAGGUUUUUGUUGGCUUGUAAACAAAUGACCCAUUCACAGAAACAUUACCUAGCGACCAUGUAAAUUUGCAUGCCAUUAUUAACUGGGUUAAUACACUAAAUUAUCACAUGUGUUUAUGACAUGGAUAUCAUGGGCAAGUUAUAGGAUAAACUAAAUUAUCACAUGGGUUUAUGACAUGGAUAUCAAGGGUAAGUUAUAGGAUAAAUUACUAUAUGUGUGCAUUGGCGCAAAGAUAAAGUAUAGGUUCAGAACAUGUCUGAGUUGCAAGUAGAGAAUACUUCAUGAGAGGGUGUAAGAUACCAUUUGCCGUACAAGUUAUUUUAAACAUAUUUAACGAGAGCAAACGCAAGUUGGAUAUGUUUAUAAAUGAGUUGUAAGAUAAAUGGUAUCUCAGCAGAGACGACCGUAGUAUUACAUUUCUUACAUAUUUAAAAAAAUAAAUUUAAACAUCUUUUCCAACUAAAACACAUUUACAUCCCAAGUGCUUGUAGUCAACGUGUGAGUGAAAGAUAAAUCAAUUUCUGGUUCACUUAUACAUCACAGAGUUAUUUCAUUUUUGUUUCAUUGGAUGGUAUGGCAGUAGCGACCAGGGCCUCUUAUCCUAAAGCAGUCUUAGUGCUAAGAUCUCCUUAGGUGCAUGACUACUUUAUGCACUUCAGGUGAUCUUGGUGCUAAGAUCGCUUCAUGGAACGUGGCCCUGGUCAUCACCUAGGAGCAGCCAGUCAUAUGUCUUUAACUUGUUAUCACACUUAUGUGUGUUAAUAGUAUGUGUUAUGAACACAGUGAAUGAUGUUCUCACCAACGAGUGUGUAGGAAAGAUGUUUUAUUUGCAAGCUGCACUGUUCAGACACUUUGUAUAAAUUACAUGUUUUUAGUCAUAAGUGUUGUAGAGAUUACAUCUUUAUGCUUAGUAGGACACAUACUUGUUAAAAAGAUUGCCAUGUUAGAGUCACAGACCCUAGUUUUUGUAAAAAAAAUAAAAAAUAUUCACUAUAA